CGAUUUUGUAUUAGCAAAGCCAGCUAACUGUCCAUGUUAGCUUGACAAAAUACGAAAAGGCAGCUUCAUUCUUUCGUAUGAGAGACUAUUUCUUGUGACUUUUGAGCUCAUUUGAGCUACAUUGUGUUCUACGGUUAAAGUUAAAGUAACGUGCACGGAAUUGUGUUGACGCGAUUAUGCUAUGUUUAAUGGCGCUAUGGCUGCGAAAUGAGAGUUUAGGGGCGUCAUUUUUCACAGUUCCGUUGUCUUUUAUCGCAAGAGUAGCAGCUUUGUUUGACUGACCAUCCCUCCUCUCCCAAGUCCUCCUGCACAGCUGCCAGACUCCGAGAGGAAGGAUGACGUUAAAGCUGACAACCAUUCUUUCAACUCGACAGGACAACUAAAAGCAUCUGAUGAAAAUUAACUGCAGCGUUACAGACUCCGUCAUGGAAGACAAGGCGAAUGGUUCCGCGGACACCAAAAGUUUUUGUCCACAGUCCAGUGGAGAACGGUCAGCUUCCAGACCCCGCCAACUGGGCGGUUGCCGAUGUGGUCAAUUAUUUUAAAGCAACGGGGUUCGAGGAGCAAGCCACAGCGUUCCAAGACCAGGAAAUCGAUGGCAAGUCCCUACUCCUGAUGACGCGUAAUGACGUCUUGACGGGCCUGUCGAUAAAGCUGGGCCCGGCACUGAAGAUCUACGAGUAUCACGUGAAGCCGCUGCAGACCCAGCACCUGAAGAGCAACGCCUGUUAGCACGCCAUCAGGCAGCCCGCUGCUCCCCCCGCCCCACCCCUCCUCAGUGACAAUCAACACCCUGCUGAGUGUUCACAGAGACUCCACCCUCCAUCCACACGGCACCUUAAGAAAGGAUCGGUUUGAAUUUGUUUUUACACAUGUGGACCCCCUAAAACAUGGGUGGCACACGGGGUCCACUCAGCUGUUUACCCUUUCAGUUCUUCUUACUCCUGCUGCUUGAAAUUGUAUUUUAGUUUUCAUUUCUCAUCUUUUAUUUAAGACAAGGAAACUUGUCAGUAAUGGUAUUCCAGAAGUGUGUGUGUGUAUUGUGUGUGUAAAAUAAGUUCAUGAAGUAGUGAUGUUUUUAAAAGUAUUAGUACGUAUGAUGGUGUACAUGUACAUAGUGAAAACCCAAAUAACGUAUGUGUGCGCACUACAGGCUGGUGCAAAUUUAAAAUGGAAUUGUAAUUACAGGAAGUGGAAUUAAAUUCAUUGCAAGUUAGAAAUAAUUUAUCAGUGUUUGGCUUAAAUACUAAAAAUAUCAAAAAAAUAACACACAAAUUGGCUCUGUUUUGAAUACUCUUCUGGCACUUUGUCCUCUUCCAUAAUUGUAAUAUUAAUACAUCAAAAUAAAAUGAUCUGUUUCAUGGAAAUGCUGUAAUUGAUAAUCGUUGAUGGAAAUAUAUAAACAGUCUUGUAUGGAUUAUACUGUAAAGCAGUAAACUUCUUCCAGCCAUACUGAAAUAGGAAAGUAUGCGAGCGUCACCUUUACAAUUUUUUAACAUAUAUGCUUUUUAUAUUUCAUAUACAUAUAUAAUAUAAAAUAAACUGUGUUAUCGGUGGCAAAGCAUUUUUUUGUACAAAUAUUUCAACAUUCUUGUACAUUUUUGUUUUGUAAUAUUAUUCUUUUUAUUCUCAGAAUAUUCUGUCUUGAUUAUUGUAAUAUUCUAACUUUCACCUAACCGGAUUUUUAUAAAACCGCAACUUAUUCUUUUCUUUUGUUUCUUAUAAUUUUAUGACAUUCAAAAAAAAAUUCUUCAAUAUUUCAACUACUAAAGUGACCAAAUUAAAUUAUUCGUUUUUAAAAAUUUGAUAUUUAAUAUUUUUAUAUUUCUACUUGAUGCCAUUUUUCUCUAAAUAUUGUGACUUUAUUCUCCUCAUACUUCAUCUUUAUUGCACCAACAUUAUAAAUUGGAAUUUCAUUUCUGCUUCCUGUGUCCAACCACAAUUCAAUUCUAAUUUUUGUUCUUUUAAUUCAUGAAGUGUUAAGUUUUCCCACACACACAAAAGGAAUUUUCUCUGAAGUAUAAAUGUGUGUAAUUAUGCUGUCCCUACCUGUGGUGCUUCAUAAUGACUGUAAUUGUGUGUGUGUGUGUGAGAGAGAGAGAGAGAGAGAGAGAGAGAGAGAGAAUGACUUUUGAUUGAUGUACUUGUGCAACACUGGAGUUUGGCUAUUUCAAUCAAAGACUUGCAAUAAAUGGUGCUCUUUUCUCACCAAAGA